AUGAUCUCUGGACCGUGUCGUCCUGCAUGCGAGCAGGAUUGCCGCUUUGGUCCAACAUGUGAUGCUAUGGACUGCACAGGACUAGAAAAAUGCUUCUGCAAAGAUGGCUACGUAUUACGUGACUUGAACAGUAGAAGACUUUCACACAAAAAGGAGGAAAUUACUAGUGCAACUCCCACUUUGGAUUCGGAAACUCUCGGAUCCGAUUUCCUCAUGAAUGUUACCACUGAGAAGAAUUUAACUUGUGCAGCAGUUAAGAGUAACUGUCGGCGGCAAAGAUCUUGGGUCACUAUUUUCAAAACAAACAAAGAGAAGGUUGUUUUAUUUCUAGAUGAAGCGUGGAUACUUUUGGUGAUGUUCUGGAAAAAAGAAGUAAAGCCACCGGAAUUCACAUUGAAAGAUGUGACAUUAGCGAAAGCGUUACCAUUUUUAUCGGUUACUAUAACGCCGGAUGUGUACAUUAUUGCCGGUACCAGCAACCAAUUGGUUAACCAUCGAGUUGAGAAUGAGAGUCCAUUUCCAGUUGUGAUAAAGGUUCUCGCCACGGCACCAAAACGCUUUUUAAUAUCAAAAAAUAAUUUCUUCAUAGAUCAGAAGUCUUCUAUUAAUGUUGAGAUAAAGUUGUUAGCUGGUCCGAUACGAUCUCACCGUCUGGAUUUCCUAAUUCUUCCCUGUAUCAACAUUCUGGAUCCUAACUGGAAAAGUAAUCCUGUCGCCGCAUUUAAUUCCCCAUACCGACCUAUUUAUAGACAUGUUCGCUACAAAGCUCCUCGCCCUUGGAGCACGGCCGUUGACGACAUUUUUCGGUCUACGUUUGAGAUAUCGGAAAAUAUAUCGAAAGUCUAUGAAGAAACGGGGAUUUUCUCUUCGAAGCGAGAGAAUAUUACCUUAAAUGAAUUCAUUGUGCUCGACCAAGUGUUUGGACAAAAUCUUGAAAAGGAACAAAAUAUUCCAUGA